AUGGCCGCCGUCGUCGAGCUGCCGCCAGACGAUGACGAGCCGCUUCUCCCUGACGAGGAUGGCGAGCCAAAAAUCGAGCUGCACCCGUGGCACUGUAUCUUUGUCGUCUUGUUCGGGCUGGUGGUGAGCGUGAGCAUGAUGUUCUUCGAGUUCAUGCCCCGAGCCCGGGCGCUGAAAGUCGUCAAUUGCUAUCGCGAGUACGGGCAGGCCUGCAAUUGGUAUCAAUUCUGGCUGUCAGACUGGCUUGAGGUGGCCGCCGUCUGGACACAUUUUUGCAUCUUCCCGAUGUUCUACGCGGUCACGUUGAUUGCGGGCAUGAUAUCGUACACCUGCAUCCCCCUGGGUUAUCAGCUCUCUCGUGUCGUCCAGGUGCCCAUCGUCGCCUUCUUCACGGAGGUCACAAUGUUCUAUCUGGGGUUCGAGUCGCUGUGCGAAUUCAUCGCGAUGGCCGUCACCACGUCGCAGUUUGGCGGGAAUUUGUAUGACCGAGAGCUCCACUCGACGUUCCGCUUCUGCUGGUACGGCUUCGCGACGCUGAACACCUUCCCGUCGUUCUACUUCGUGAUCCGCUCCCUUCGCCGUGCCCGCCAGCUCGUCGCCGAA